AUGUCAAUCCCCAUCCCUAUCUACGAUUAUCCCAAACCCCCAGAGAUUACCACCUCCUCCCCGACUAGACCCCAACGGCAAGCCGCCCGCUCAAUCACCGAAGUCGGCACCUCCAAACUACAUGCUCGCAACCACCAUGGACAUCACCAUCCGCAUCUACAUCGUAAAGACAAAGACAAAUUACCAGAAGGAGAAUUCCCGCAAAGCUCUCUACAACCCUCAGUAAGCAGGAGCGAGCCAACUGAAAGUCGGGAUGUGAGUCGCCAGGCCAGUGUGUUUGAGGUGCCGAUUCCGUCCGAGGGGGAGAAGAGGAGGGAGGUAGGAGAUAAAGAGGUCAUGGAGGAGAAGGAGAAGGGGGUUUUGAGAGCUACGUUCGUUCCCCUCAUGCCCCAUAUCAUAUCGAAUUCAAACUAUGGAAUAGAACAUCUCACUGAUAUUUGUACUUGUGGUAACAGUGAACUACGCAAUGCAUUAAUGAGUUUAAACACCCUCUCAGAUAACACAACUCGCCGCCUAGACAACACCUACUACAGCGUCCUCGAGAAACUUAGCGUACUACAAAACACAAUCAUAUCCCUGAAAGAGUUAGCAGGCAUGACAAAGGCCCUCAACUCGGAAUUCAAGACCGAGAGCGAGGAGAUUGUUAGUGAUAUCAGUAGCCAUAUCAACGCGUUUGAGGGGUUUGAGAGUCAAGAGAGCAGGAUUGCGGGGUUACAGGCACGCAUAGUGCAAGGCAGGGAGAAGAUUACUGUUCUAGGGGGCAGAGUUGAUGUUGUUAGGGAGAGAGUGGAGGGUUGGGAGAGAGCGGAGUUCGCGUGGCAGGAGAAGACGCGGAAGAGGCUGAGGUUUUUGUGGAUUGUUAUGUCGGUGGUUGCGGUGCUUGUGCUUGCGCUUGUGGUCCUGAGGUAUACACCUGCGAAGACUCAAGGGCCUGGAGUGAUUAAGGGGGUGAAUAUGACGGAGUUGGAGAAGAAGGUGGCGGAGAUUGGCGGCGGGGUGUUUAAUUUGCCGAGGGGGGUAGCGACAGGUGGUAAGUUGAAGGGAUUGCAGGAUGGAGACGAGGAAGAUUUGGGGGAUGAUCCGAGGCUGAGACUCCUUGAUGAGUUAUGA